AGUUCGUCUGUAGCAUUUUAAGCGCAUUAUAUCGGGUGCGUCUACGUGUAGCAGUAGAUGAAAAUGGUUUAUUCGUCAGCGUCAGCAUUCGUUUGUGUUGCUAGCUGCAAUGAAUCGAGCUAUUUGCUACUUUUCUUCUGACUUCCGUUUUGCUCUUUCCGUGAAAAAAAUGAGAGGACAGGUGGUAUAACCUAAAGUAAAAAUGUCUUUCUUUCUGCAGCUUCUUCAAGCUUUACUCUUCGUAGUCGAUCGGGCCGCUGGUGCUGGUGCAACAUCACCACUGGUCAAGGUGAAACCCUGGAAAUUUCUUGGUCCGUGGCCUGUGGGGAAGAACGAGUUGGAUGUAUGGAUGUGUCAGGUUUGAAAUCGUCAAAGUUGAAAUGGUUUGCCAUGCAUAAAACGCAUACCAGUUAGACCUACAGUUUGUAGUCGGUGCGUGACAAAUUUUCCCGGCCCCGGAGGCGAGUCUGUCAUGCGGUUUAGGGCAAAAGAGCUGCCUUCUGUCAUGCUAGUCAGUAGUCCAUUGGACUACUGACUAACUUGUGACCAACUUGUGACCCUUACCAGGACUAUAAUCUGCCUCCCUUGCGUCCUCUGCAAUAGAGUCACUUUUUGCAUCGCAUUUUAUGCAUUACAAGUCAUUUCAACUUUGUCGAUUUCAACUCUGACGCAUCCAUAGGAUGCGGAUCCUACAUACACGGCAGCUCGCGGCGGCGUCUUCGAUCUGUACCGGAGGGCCUUUCUGGUUGGGACUGAAAAGGGACACGAAAAAGAAGCGGAGCACCACGGCGUCACUCCAGAUUCACACUCAGAUGGAGAUGGAGCCGAUGCCGAAGAUUUUCCGAAUUUGUUCUCGGAAUUACCUUCCGGCGGUCACUUGACUGAGCAGUUUUCAGCUGCCGACGGUCUGCGGUCGAGCGAAGCUUCCAAAUCAACCACGAGGACCCUCACGAAGCAGGGAAGACUAAGAAAGCUGUUUGACAGCGAAGCUAUCGCAGCUUCGCAGUCUACGGGAGGUGCAGCGAAAAAUUUCAACGAUGUUUGGGCUCGGGUCACGCCGCGUAACGUGCAAUGGAGCCAGCUGGUGCAACAGCUGUCCUCCAUGGAGGUCCUGGAAUGGCAAGGCUGGGCGAUUGCCAAGUUCGGCCCACUGGCCGAGAACACCACAUACACGGUCGGUUGCGAGGGGGUGCACACCUUCUACAUCGACGGCUUUGAGCAAAUUUUUCCCGGUGAUAUGUUUCGCACGCGCCGAAUUUCCAGUGCAGUCAGCUUUGCUUCUGAAAACAAGCAGGACGGCCAGCAGCAUCAGCAUCACGUGCUCUAUGUACCACUCAAAAUCAGGGGGAACGCGGGCGAGUUUCGGUGCCGGGUCGAAAGAGUAGUUUCAACGGAGAUGAACAAGGUGGAGUCUUUUGCCACGGUAGAGGUUAAAAAAGCUUUAUUGCCAGAACUCCUCCAUCACGCCGAAAGAAACACGAAGACACAAGCGCUCCUCGACGGUGCGGGUGCGACUUCGGAGGACAAGGAAACAGCGAGAGCCGCCGAGGGUUCUUUUCCUACGACCACCUUGAUGGGUGAGCACCUGUCUCUCGCUAUCACGAAUCAUCUGAGCGCGGAGUGGUUGCAGUUCCGCUUUCAGCCUUGCGAAAACCGAAACUCAUGCAAGCCGGACGUGUUCGAAGUCCUACCACUUGAAGGAGCGGGCGGGGUUACAUCAACCACCGGUGGUCAAUAUUCGUUUUCUGACUUAGUGGCCCCCGGACAGGCAACGGCACUUCCAGUCCGAUUUCGCUUGAUUGGCGAAGGGCGCAAGAAGUACGACCUCCAGAGUCCCCCCCGCGCUUGUGACUCAGUGGGCCUACAGCUGGACGUUUUCAUGCGAGUCCUCGCCCAGCCGGACGCCGGCGAUGAUAGGCAAGAUGGAUUGAAGAAGAACGGGACUGAGGAUGAUUGGAAUUACCUCAAGACUUUACGCUUCACGCUGUCAUGUCGGACGGCGCGGCAGUCAUUUGUCUACACAUUUCUUGACCACGACGGCACGGUCAACCGUGGCGCUGCUAUCAUGCCGCGCACUCAUCAAGAUGAACUACUACACGAAGCAACUUCUAAUCAAAAAGAGGCACCAUCGGGCCAAGGGCGAGGAGACGACGGCCGCCUAGAAGAAGAAAAACCCCGAUAUCCAGUUCUGCUUUCGCUUCACGGGACCGGGGUGGAUCCGCGCAACCACGCAGACAGCUACAAGUACAAGCCGAAAUCGAAAGAGGUGCAGAAGGCCGCAGGUGUAUCUGCACCUGUGAAGAAAGUCUACAAUGCUGAUGAAAGCAAGAUCCCCUUUUUCUACGGUGUGGACGGGGCCUGGGUAGUUUGUCCGACGCGCGCGGGCGCGCACAACUGGGAGUAUACUGGGUUGCUUUCUGCCGUUCGUGCUCUGACGGCACUAAAAGCCAUCGUCGACGGGAAACCCGAACUACACCGAUUUGCGCGAUUGGACCUCGACCGCGUCGUCUAUUCUGGCCACAGCAUGGGCGGCCACGGCGCUUUGGUUCUGGCAACCAGGGUUCCGGAACCCAUGGUGGGGCUCGCGCCCUUGGGGGCCUGGAUCAAAAAGGAGGAAUACGGUGACAGCAACCGGUUCUUUCUGCUGGACCUGCAGAACGAGUUCGCGCCCCCAGAGCUGAAGGCAGUUCUGGAAACGAGCAUGCUGGAAAACAGUGUGGAACCGCUUUUAGACAACGUUAGAUCCAGUAUCGCUACAGCUCAUUUAGGCGACGAUCGCGAGAUGCACAAGCUGGACGUCGAGCAGGAGACAGAAACUACAACGAAGAAGGUAAUUUCCAAUAGGGCCACAAGGAGAGUUGAAAAAGACUCAAUCCCCGCCGUCUCAAGGGUCAAGCUACGAGUCGGUGCAAAAGACGGCGCCACGCCUCCGUGGUACUCCAGGCGCUUGGCUAGAAGUCUGGUGGUUCCCGAAAGCGGAGUACCUGGAUCUUUUGGAGGCGGGUUGACGACUCAUCCCCGAGUUGGGCGGAGCAGGGGGCCGUCGAUAGACUACGAAGAAGUGCCCGACAAGGAGCAUUGGUGGUGGGACACCAAUCGGCCGAACGAUGGCGGCGUGCUAAACGAUCCCCGUAUGCGUCAGUGGUACAAGCAAAUUUUCCAGGUGGCAGCUGCGACGCCGACGAUUGCAGAUGCUUUCGUAACGUUGACCGAAUCGAUGAAAUCGAAUAUCAUGAUCCCCGCCGAGAACAAUGCUUCAUCGUGUGUUGCAGGCAAAGGUGGACGAGACAGCCACAUCACGGGGGACGGAGAUGAAAAGUGCCUCGUAGAUGCUGGCAACAGAAGCUCUGCGGCAGAGAAGGUGCUCCUUUCACUGAAACCCCUUACGCUGACAGCCACGAACUGCGCGAGCACUGUCGGGGGCUCGAUUCAAUUACUGGAACAGAAAGCACCCUUUCGCACCUCCAAAAUUUUUGUGUCUGAGCGGCAGAUCGUGCUGGCCACUACGGAAGGGAACGACCAGGAGGACGCGCUGGCUGGAACAGGCAGCGGAGUGCAAGGCGGCAACAUGAUCCGAGUAAUUUUCAGACUUACAAUUCAGCAAGUCGACAACGUUUCAGCUUUUGCCGUCGCCUUUCCAGGUCAUUUUAACCACGAGAAACAAUCAGACCGUCAAAAAAAGCUGGUCGCUUCGAGCAUUGAGGUCUGUUUUGCAGAGCAAGGGUUAGAGUCAGAGACUGUCACCCCCUCCGUGGCUUGUCUACGCACCACAAGCACCGCCGACUCUGUUCCGGGCGCAGGCCAUUUGAGGUUGCACGUUUGCCGGGUGGUGAAACUGAAAACGCAAGGUGAUAGCAGGUCCUCCUCGGCCGGUGAUACUUGGGAAAUUUGUGAUCCCGAUCGACUACGGCAAGCGCGAUGGCAGCAAGGCCCGUUACGUAACGUUUUUGCACGCCCGUUUGUUACGGUUGCGGCGGAACCUUUUUUGCGCCAGUCCGUCUACCUGGCUGGACUGCACUAUGCUGCGGCGGACACUCGCUCGCCUGUGGUUCUGGACAGCAUGCACAGCACAAUUGAGACAGCGCUCGAUGUUGGGGGGCAUCCGCAUCAAAACAUCGUGCUCGUCGGAGGUCCCAACGUAAAUCAAGCUGCGGCAGCCUUGUGGAGCCGCCAUCGGCACCUCAAGGGUUUGCUCUCGUUCACGUUUGACGAGCGACACAGAUUCUUGGAAACUUAUCCGGCUGAAAAAAACUAUCACUAUCACAAAAAGCCACUUUUUGGCAAAAAUUGAUUUUUUUUUGAUUUUUUUUGCGGCGCAUUGGGGCUCGAUCCUUGUGCCUGGUAUAUUGUUAUUGUUGUUGCGAUUAAUGAGUGAUAUAGUUAGCUAGCUAGUGGUCGCUUGUGAUGAUUGUCAUAGCUAACAGGAGAGCCGAAUGGAAGGCCGGGCCGGGCCCUCGCUCCGAAGGCGAGCUCCCGAACCCUUGGUGGUGCCCCGGCCUUGGCGGGUCGGUCCCUUCCGGCCCGGGGCGGGAGGCGGCCAAAAGGUGCGCGGCGAUCGCCACUCUCCCACCGUGUUUGAAAAAUACUAUCACGCCACUUUCUGGACCUGAUUCCCAGCUUUCAGACCUGGGCUGAUUUGAUGCUCCGGCGGUGGCGGGUGAGCUGCCUUCCGUUCCGAGGCUAGAGGCGGCCAAAAAGUGAGGCUCGAUCGCCAGUCUCAGCUCGUGUUUGAAAAACACUAUCACUCCACUUUUUGGAUCUGGCUGCCGACAGCCAGUCCUCCCCGGAUUUUUUUGGUUUUCAACACUGCGCGCGCAAAUUUUUUCAAGAAAUUCAAAAACCCGGAAAUUCGAUCAUUUUGGCUGUGAUAGUGUUUUUUCUGGCGGUGGUCCUAUGUGGGCCGUGCCGCCGUGUUUGAAAAACACUAUCACACUUUUUUCCGGCACUCAAAAAAUACCAACUUCACACCUUUUUUCACUUUUUCUAUAUCAAAUCGCUCAAAAGUGUAGUGUGAUAGUGUUUUUAAGCGCGAGCUAAUGCUGCGAAAACACCGAAAAUCAGCUCUUUUUAAAAAUGCAAAUUACGAUGCUACGGCCCGGGUCAAAAAGGGACCCAAAAUCGCCGUAGCGCCGUGGCUGAAAAACACUAUCACACACAAAAAAGCGCCAUUUUUGACCUCCCCGGAGAAGAAAAAUCAAUGUGAUUUCAAAGUGUGAGCACCAAAAAAAUUAGUGCUUGCGCCAUCACCAAUUUCUGCCGGAGGUUGUGGCCUUUGGCCUAGCCCCCGGGGGCUCCGGAUGUCAGACCUGGCCUUCGAGCCCCCAGAUCCAUCUGGGAGCAGGUCUGAGAAACGAGCCAUAGAAAAGUCGCUCUUUAUCCACCAAACCCACCAAUUCCAGACUCGUCGUUAACGAGCAUGGUGGAGACACGCUUCCGCGCCCUCAUGGCGCUGGCCGACUGGGCCGCAACGAGUUUGCUCUCGUUCACGUUUGACGAGCGACGCAGAUUCUUGGAAAGUAGGCACGCAUCUACAAAAGUUUUGCAGCGAAGUAGCGUAAUCGUGGUCAACAUGCCACCUACGCAAGAAUGGAUACAUACUAUGCAAUCUUCACAGUUCUUUUUCGUCAAGACGAAGAAACAAAGCAACUGCGCGAAUCUGUGACUGUCAAGCUAAGUGAAGCCAAGAUCAUACCAGGCUUUUACGGGCACAUCCGUGAAAGAUAUUCAGUGGCUUUCUUCUCCUGGCGCGGUUUUGCCCGUGCUUGCAUUUGCAGUUUCGAUUUGUACGAAUUUUUACGCAAGGCAAUGCUGAUACUUUUGUAAAGGAUAGUAGCAGGACCGAAAUCAGAUUUCAGGAGAAAUACAGCUUUCCGGCAAGCCGGAGCAUCGGGCUUCUCUUAUGGUUCCCGUAUCCAAUUGGCGACCCAGAUGGUAGAGGAACCGAUGCAUUUCAUCGACUUAGCGAGGACUCCACAAUCCCCGUUGACGCGGAGGAGGAGAUGGAGAGCGAGCGCAAAGUCUUGCUGAUAUGUGGCACAGACGCCGAAGGACUGCGCGCGGCAACGCGGCUUGGGCAGCCAACAAUUCCGCCAAUGAUGCGCGCGCCCUUCACGAACCAAGUGCCAGACUAUAUCGUAGUGGACGCUCAUGAGCUACGAGCGAAAGGCGCCGGCGGUAUUUUGCUGGCUGGAUUCUGGAACCGCACGAACGAAGCAAACUUCGUUCGCACAGAUUUCAUGCAUGAACACUGAUUCUCAUUUUCUUUUCUUUAUGCUUUCAGUGUACACGUUGAACCGCUCACAUAGCCUGCGUCACAUUCACUAUCACUAUCAUUACUUCUCCCUCAAAAUAAAAAGAUGCAACGGCACCCCACAACAAGAAUAGUGCUCUUGAUGAAAAAAAUAGAGUCGUUGUUGAUGAAAUGAAAAUAUGACGAUUUGAAUUUGCAAGCAGGCUGAUCGAUAGCUAAUGUCUGCGCGAACUGCUUACCGUGUAGAAUUCUAGCGCUGUGCCGAAGUCGAGUAGUUAAAUUGCCUAGCAUGGUACUCUAAUACUCCAAAUAAAGGAACUAGCUUUUAUCCGUGUGGCCGCCAUUUUUGUAGACAAAUGUCGUAGAGCUUUUCUGCAGCAAGGAGGACAGUAGACUCUGUAAAGCAAAAGCAUCAUCCAGGAGGAAGGUAUGGCGCGGCUUGGCUGCUGCUGCUGGUGUAGUGCUAUGGAAACGAAUGCAAUGAAGGCACCCCAUGUCCAUAACCAUAUGCAGUGAUAACGAUGACGAUAGCGUCGAUAUUGAAGUCAAACAUAAUGAUGAGCCCCGACUGCAUUCGCGCCAUUCCUUGGCACUCACGUCUAUCCUCGUCCUCGGUCAUGCUCUAAAUCCUGAGAUUGGUUCAUGUCGGUGACACGCAAAAUGAAAUGUUUCUGAGAAGAUCUUUCUUCAGUCUAUUAGUUCGUAAGAAGGAAUACGAAGCAGCUGCGCCAUCCCUCUGCCACAAGAUGAAGAUCGCUGUCGCAAAUAACGAUCUCUGAGUGCAAUUUUAGGAUGGAGUGGAUGAAUGAGAAUGAGUCGAAUAUUUAUGUGUAUGCAAAAAUGGUCUGGGUGGUUAG